GCAGUGACGUUUCCAACUGGAGGCUCCUCCGCAGCGCUGUGAGGUGAACACAGAGGAGAGAGAUAGGGAGGAAGCAGAGGCUGAACACUCAGUCCUUCACUCGGCAGCAUCAUGGCACCUAUCGGAUUAAAGGCGGUGGUCGGCGAAAAGAUUAUGAAUGAUGUCAUCAAGAAGGUGAAGAAGAAGGGAGAAUGGAAGGCACUGAUUGUGGACCAGCUGAGCAUGAGGAUGUUGUCGUCCUGCUGCAAGAUGACAGACAUCAUGACGGAGGGCAUCACCAUUGUGGAGGACAUCAUGAAAAGACGAGAGCCUCUUCCCAGCCUGGAGGCCAUUUACCUGAUUACACCCACAGAGAAGUCGGUCCACACCCUCAUCGCAGACUUCAAAGACCCUCACUCAGCUAAAUACAAGGCAGCCCAUGUUUUCUUCACUGACUCCUGCCCUGAUCCUCUCUUCAAUGAGCUGACAAAGAGCCGUGCUUCCAAAACCAUCAAGACUCUGACGGAGAUCAACAUCGCCUUCUUGCCCUACGAGUCUCAGGUGUACUCUCUGGACAAUGCAGACGCCUUCCACAGUUUCUACAGCCCCCAUAAGACCCAGCUGAAGAACCCGGUGAUGGAGAGGCUGGCGGAGCAGCUAGCCACGCUCUGCGCCACCCUGAAGGAGUACCCUGCCGUCAGAUACCGAGGAGAGUACAAGGACAAUGCCACCCUGGCCCAGCUGGUUCAGGACAAACUGGACGCCUACAAGGCUGAUGACCCCACCAUGGGAGAGGGUCCAGAUAAGGCCCGCUCACAGCUGAUCAUCCUGGACCGAGCGUUCGACCCCGUCUCUCCAGUCCUGCAUGAGCUCACCUUCCAGGCCAUGGGCUACGACCUGCUGCCCAUCGAGAACGACGUCUACAAAUAUGAGACCAGUGGCAUUGGAGACUCUCGUGAGAAAGAGGUUCUGCUGCAUGAAGACGAUGACCUGUGGGUGAGCCUGAGACACAAACACAUAGCUGAGGUGUCCCAGGAAGUGACUCGCCAGCUGAAGGACUUUUCAGCCAGCAAGAGGAUGAACACUGGGGAGAAGACCACAAUGAGGGAUCUGUCCCAGAUGCUGAAGAAGAUGCCUCAGUACCAGAAGGAGCUCAGCAAGUACUCCACCCAUCUGCAGCUGGCUGAGGACUGCAUGAAGCAUUACCAGGGAACAGUGGACAAGCUGUGCCGUGUGGAACAGGAUCUGGCUAUGGGCACAGACGCUGAAGGAGAGAAGAUCAAAGACCCCAUGAGGGCCAUCGUGCCCAUCCUGCUCGAUGCCAACGUCACCACGUACGACAAGAUCCGCAUCAUCCUGCUCUACAUUUUCCUCAAAAAUGGCAUCACGGAGGAGAACCUGAACAAGCUGAUCCAGCAUGCUCAGAUCCCCCCUGAGGACAGCGAGAUCAUCACCAACAUGGCUCACCUGGGCGUCCCCAUCGUCACAGAUUCCACCCUCCGCCGAGGAAAGAAGCUGGACAGGAAGGAGCGUGUGAGCGAGCAGACCUAUCAGCUGUCCCGCUGGACCCCACUGGUCAAGGACAUCAUGGAGGAUGCUAUUGAAGAUAAGCUGGACACCAAGCACUACCCCUACAUCUCCACCCGCUCUUCUGCCUCCUUCAGCACCACUGCUGUCAGUGCUCGGUACGGACACUGGCACAAGAACAAGACUCCUGGAGAGUACCGCACCGGGCCUCGUGUCAUGGUCUUCAUCAUCGGGGGCGCCUCCUUCAGCGAGAUGCGCUGUGCCUAUGAGGUCACACAGGCCAAUGGGAAGUGGGAGGCCGUCAUUGGUUCCACCCACAUGCUCACCCCCACCAAAUUCUUAAAGGACCUCCAGCACCCCGACUUCCGAGAGUCCACUAGGGUGUCCUUUGAGGAAGCAGAAACACCAGCCGAGUGAGGCAGAGACAGAUUGGGAGGGAGGGAGAGAGAAAUCACACUGAAAAAAGAUCGACCAACAUCUUCACCCCCACCAGCCUGCUGGAGCAGCUCAAGGCCAUGAACAAACCAGACGAGGAAGUUGCAAGCUAAGAUCCUCCAAUCACACCUCUCUCCUCUUUCUCUUAACCCCGCCCCCUUCUUACCUCUGUACCCUUUCCCUGAAAACUACAUUAACUGUGUAUGCAUCCUGCUUGAGAAGAAUAAAAAGACAUCUGAGAUGAUAAAAAAAUAUAUGUUGUAUCAAAGAAUAAAAUAGUUGCAAGUAUUCAAAGUUUUACAAUGGAUGCAACCAAAUGAACUUAUUUAAAAAAAGGUUUAAAUAUCAGAACAGAAGGCCAUUUAAAACUGAAAGUACCAAAAUGUAAUAUUGUAUGCUACAAACCUGUGCACAAGGUCGACAUGUUCUCUUUGCUUUGGGUUUCCUCCCCUGUGAGUUUUAUCGGAAGCUUGUUGAGGAGGGAUGAGCAGUUUGAGAGGUCGUUGUUGUAAAAUAUAUCAUAUCAGUCAACAUGCAAUAUAAAUAUAUUCGUCAGAGAGGAAUCCCCCCCACCCCCCCCCCGCUCAUUUGAGAUGUUCGUAUUCAGUAGCAUGCUUGGACUUGUGUGGACUGUUAUGUGUUUGUAUCCAAUGUGGAUGUUCUGGGAGCCGCAGAGUUAGCACUUAGCUUUUUCCUAAGAUGUUGAGCUUGAAUACUUCACUGAAAACAUGUGUUUUGAGUAUCUAAAAAUACACACUUCGAAAUGUAUGGGUAUCCAGUACUUGGCGUUCCAUCCGUAAACUCAGUUGGCAGUUUAAAGGUUAAACUAUAGCAAUGUAAAUGUAUUGCAAUAUAUCCAGAUGUGUCAGUAAGGGUCAGUAUGCAACAGCUCCACAAGCUGCAGCCCACAAAAUGACCUUUAAGCCGUUACUGCUCUAAUAUAUGUAUAUAUAUAUAUAUGUAUGUGGGAUUUAAAUAUAUUAUAUCUUAGCUGAAGUUUAUGCAAUUAGCACUAGCAAGCACAGUAACCACAGUUUGUUUUUCAUGCUAUUUUCACUUAAUCGUCCAAAUCAAUGUCCUUGACGUUUUCCCUGCAAUCAGCAGUCGCCAUUGUAGAUUAAUAUAGAAAUAAGUGCACAAAUCACUGAAUAUAUUCAUUCUAGCCAAGGAAAUCACAAUCUAACCCCUCCUGGCGCUGCAACAUAGCUUGUAAUAUAUAUCUGGACACAUUUUAGCGCUGUACAUAAGGAAGAGGUGCGAUACUCAAAACAUAGACUUUCUUUAAAGUAUUCCUUUUAAAGCGUUUGGUUUAGAAGACGUCGGAUAGAGAGAGCUCUGUAAAAAGCCCGAACCCCCCCUCCUCCGGCUGCCGAGACUGUAAAGUAUUUACUUGCCACAACCUUUUUCCUUUCUCCGAAAAAUUCACGUUUUAAUGUCAAAGGCCGAUGCUUGCAGAUAUUUAAAGAAUAAUCUUAAAAAGGGCCAGUUGUAUUUCAGUAUUGUAUCCUGUCAGAUUAAGUCUUUUCAUUGGUUAGUGAUGUUUCAUUGGGCCGAGCACGGAGUAGUGUUGUGCACGUGCCAUACGUUGCUGUUUUAGCGUCUCACUGUUGACUGGUGAUAUUCCUAACUGUGAAGUAGUGAUACCUUUUCCUUUAAAAAAACGUCGAUGUGAAGCCGCCGUGUUUGUGAUGUUUUAGCUGUAGCUGUUAGUGGUUCAAAAAGAAGCUAUUUUUUCCUCCGGUGCGAUGUAAAACCCUCCAAUGGUGAAUGGCUUUGCAAAAGAAAUCCCUUAAAUCACUUUUCUUUCCUCCCUCCCCUCUUUCCUGGCCAAACAAGUUGUAUAUUGCACUAUUAUGCGUUUUCUGUGAUGCAAACGCUUGACUUCGUGUUCAUUUAUUUUCUAUCAUUUGCUGUUGUAUAGGAUUUACUCUGUCAAAUCAAUUGAUUUAUAUCAAAUUAUUUAUCAGAGAAAAAAUAAUAGUGAUGCAUUAGUCUGUUCUAAAACUGUUUAACUUAUUGGGAUUGUAUGUUUGCGAGUGUUGAAGCACAAACAAUACUUCCAUGUGUACCUAAUAUGUACUAAGGCUGUCUAAUAAAUUGGCUUCCAUUACAUUGAA